AUGGCGGGAUCGAAUAAGGAGAUGAAGAUUGAGCCUACCGUGGAAGAGCAGCAUGACCGCAAAGCCUCCGUCAUGGAAGACGAGCUAGCUCGUAAAGAGCGUCUCGCCCGCCUAACAGCAAACGUCGAAGGAGAAAUCCGCAACCCCCUCGUCGACCUAACCAAAGACCAACUCCUCAAAAACGUCACCGCCUUCGCCCAAACCCACGACCUCACCUCGGUCGAACCCCUCCUCAUCAAAGGCGCCCUCGUCGCCCAAUCCCCCGCCCUCUUCGAAGACAUCGAGGAACUCGACGAAGAUGACAAGACGGCUCUACGCGAGGAGAUCACACACCGCUUCAAGCUCCCGCGCACCCUCUACAUGACCGUCAUCCUCAAUUCCAUUGCCGCUGCCAUCCAGGGCUGGGACCAGACGGGCUCCAACGGUGCUAAUCUGACAUUUGCCCAGGCAAUGGGGAUUCCGGAUGCGGGGCCGCUGUGUGAGGCGGCGGGGACGUGUGAGCAGAAUAGUUGGAUUAUUGGGUUUGUGAAUGCGUGUCCGUAUAUUGCUAUUGCUUUGUUUUGCGCGUGGAUUUCUGAUCCUAUGAAUGAGCUUUGUGGUCGUCGUGGUACUAUUUUCAUUGCGGCCAUCUUCUCGCUACUCGCGCCGUUUGGUAUGGCCUUGAGCCAGAAGUGGGGUGAGCUGGCGGUUUGUCGUGUGCUUCUUGGUGUUGGUAUGGGACUCAAGGAGGUCACUGUGCCUGUUUUCUCGGCCGAAAAUGUUCCAGCGAGCGUUCGUGGUGGUCUUGUCAUGUCCUGGCAGAUCUGGACCGCGUUCGGUAUCUUCCUUGCUGUGCCGCUUGUCAUUGGCAUCUGGUUCGUGCCCGAGAGUCCGCGCUGGUUGAUGAAGAAGCGGGAUUACGCCAAAGCCUACCGAUCGUUCCUGCGUCUGCGAAAUACGCCUCUUCAGGCUGCCCGCGACCUCUACUACACGCACUGCUUGCUCGAGCAGGAAGAGGUACUGAUCCGCGAAGCUGGUAUCAACCCCAAGUCAAACUUCUUCACGCGCUUCAUCGAGCUAUUCACCAUUCCUCGUGUCCGGCGCGCGACGCAGGCUUCAGGUAUAGUUAUGAUUGGCCAACAGAUGUGCGGUAUCAACAUCAUUGCCUUCUACUCCAGCACCAUCUUCAAGGAGGGAGGUGCAACAAACAAAGAAGCUCUCAUCGCAUCCUUUGGUUUCGGACUGGUAAACUUCGCAUUCGCGUGGCCGGCCGUCUGGACAAUCGAUACCUUUGGUCGUCGCGGACUGCUCUUGUUCACGUUCCCGAACAUGUUCUGGACGCUGCUGGUAGCGGGUAUGUGCUACUAUAUUCCCAAAGACAGCGAUGCGCAUCUGGGAUUGAUCGCCUUCUUCGUAUACCUCUUCGGCGCCUUUUACAGUCCAGGAAUGGGGCCAGUUCCGUUUACAUACUCAGCAGAGGUCUUUCCACUCUCGCAUCGUGAAGUCGGCAUGUCAUGGGCUGUUGCAACAAACAACUUCUGGGCUGCUGUAUUGUCACUCACACUCCCGCGCAUGCUCAAGGUCAUGCAUCCCCAAGGCGUGUUUGGCUUCUACGCCGGCCUCAACGUUAUCGCACUCGCCAUGAUAUUCCUGUGGUUGCCAGAAACCAAGCAGCGCACUCUCGAAGAACUCGACUACGUCUUCGGUGUGCCGACGCGCACGCACAUGAACUACCAACUGAAGAAGAAUCUGCCGUGGUGGUUCAAGACAUAUAUUCUUAGGCGCGAAGGUCUUGCAAAGCCCCAGCUGUACCAUUUCGGCGAUCAGCGCCCUGCUGUGAGUGUUACGGCGCAGAUGAGCUACGCUUGGAACACGUACAUUCUCCGCAAGAAGGGCCUCCCUAAGCCGGAUGCAUAUGUUAGAGCAGCGCCAAAGGGAGAGAAGCACGUUUAG